AUGGCAGGCUUCAACAACAAAGGGCACGAAAACGUGAAGCCUGUCCAUUCGGACGAGGCGAUGGCCUCGGAAGGAGACCCGGAUGUUGUUGCCAUGGCAGCCGGGGUCCAGGAUGUGAUUUUGGAGGAUGCCACCGAACUCUCAGCAGGCGACUUUGUCCUGGCAAGUUGUCGGAGAGGUGACAGUGCCCUCGUGCCCUGGCUGGGCCGCCCUGGCCUGGGGAGGUCCCAAUCGAUCUCGUCCUUGGUGGCACGGGUCCGCAACUCGUCCACCUGCAAAAACGUCUUGCAGAGCCCGUGGCCUCGGCAACCAUCCCAUGGUCAAAACCGAGGACUGCUUGAUAAGGCCGCGGUCCUGAACAUGGACGAAGUCCUCUUCCAGCUCGAAGGUUUUUGCGAGGGCACGAAGUGGACCAACCACGUGGUGGAACUACUCCUAGCGCAGCCAACAAGUGCAGCAGUCGCAACUCGGCCGGCCGAUGUCAUUGCACUGUCGAAGACUAAGCCCAGCGCUGUUGUCGAGCUCGAAGAGAUUCUGGACGAAUGCCACGACCUCAAGGCUAGCAAUGGCAGCAAUCGCUUCUUCGUAACGUUGGAAGGAAGGUUUGUCUUCGUCAGCGAUGAGCACAGCAAGGAGACGUUCCUCGACACCCCGGGCCACGCUGCGUUCGAACUCUCGCGAGGCCGAACAAUGGCUGCUGCAGACGUUGCCCUGGUCGUGAUUUCGGCGGAGCGGGGUGCGGAACUUCAGACUGAGGAGGUCCUGAUGCACGCGUCAAGAUGGAAGGUACCCAUUGUCUUUGCGCUCAACAAAAUGGAUCUUCCGGAUUGUAACCUGGAGCUUACUCGAGCCGAGCUUCGACGACAGUGCCAGCUCCUUCAUGAGCACGGCUUGGUCGAUGUGGACUUGACGCGGGAGGCAGAAGAUGCAAUCCCGAUCUCGGCUUUGUACCGGCAGAACCUGGAGGCCCUGAUCGCGAAAGUGGAAGCUACAGCGAGUGGUCUGCCCCAGUUACCAUUGCGACCGGCACAACCCCUCACGAUCACGCCGGGCGAGGCGCAAAAUUGCAGGCAUGUGCCGCGGCGAACAGACUUCCUGGUCGGGGUUGAUGCAGCGCCCACUGCAGUGGCAUUGAUCUUGGAGGUCUCCAAGGCCGGUGAGGAGCAAGGCGAGAUGGUGCUGACUGCCCUCGUGCGGAUGGGGCGCCUCGUUGUCGGUCAGUUCUUUGUUGCCGGGACCGCAUUCGGAAGGAUUACGAAUCUUUCAGUAGCCACGGGGCUAGAGCGCAACCGGCUUUGGCUGAAGUGCGACCAUGCCAGUGUUGGCGUGGCCGUGCAGCUGACGGGUCUUCGCACGAGAAAGGUCGGUGGGGAUUGCGCUGUGGAUGACCUUAUCAUCGUAUUGCCUCGCGAGCGCGCCUGGCGCUUGUGCGAGCACCGGCAGCGGAUCGAGCAGCUCAUGGCAUGCCAGGUUUUCGGGCCGCCAUUGGAGGUUGCAUGGGAGAACGACGCGCAGAUCCAGUCGCGGACGCAAGCGGCCUUCGAGCGAGAGGAUGUCGAACAUCCGGAGAAGCAUUCAGGCAGUGCUUACGACCGCCGUUGGGAGCAACCGGCUGUGGAGGAGGUCUCUGGUUUGGCUCCAGCAUUGAGCAAUGCCUCGCGUCGCGAGUUUCAAUCGCCGUUCCCGCCCAGCUCGGGAGAGUCUGAGCGAGCCCCACGCGAAGCUUCACCUCCCCCCCUCGUGUGCUCCCAAGACACGGAUUGA